AUGGAGCGGCGCUGGCGCUGGCUGUGGCUGCUGUGCGCUUGCUGCCUGCGCCGCGGGGAGCCCGGGACCUGGCCACCGAGCCGCGAGCGAGGGGCGGCCGCCUUCCGGGAAAGUCUUAAUAGACAUCGAUACUUGAAUUCUUUUCGUCAUGAAAACUCCACUGCCUUUUAUGGAAUAAAUCAGUUUUCUUAUUUGUUUCCUGAAGAAUUUAAAGCCCUGUAUUUAGGAAGCAAAACUUUUCGGUCUCCCAGAUACCCAACCAAAGGACAGACGUCCAUCCUGAAUGUGUCUUUGCCACUGAGAUUUGACUGGAGAGACAAACAUGUUGUGACCAAAGUGAGAAACCAGCAAGUGUGUGGAGGAUGCUGGGCCUUCAGUGUGGUGGGUGCAGUGGAAUCUGUGAACGCAAUCCAGGGGGAGCCCUUGGAGGAUCUCAGCGUGCAGCAGGUCAUCGACUGUUCCUUUAGUAACUACGGCUGCAGAGGGGGCUCUCCUCUAAGUGCGCUGAGCUGGUUAAACAAGACACACGUGAAACUGGUGGCGGAAUCAGAAUAUCCAUUUAAGGCAGAAAAUGGUCUGUGCCAUUACUUCUCCAGCUCCGAGUCUGGAGUUUCCAUCAAGAAUUAUUCUGCGUAUGACUUCAGUGACCAAGAAGAUGAAAUGGCAAGAGCCCUUCUCUCCCUCGGUCCUUUGAUUGUGGUCGUGGAUGCAGUGAGCUGGCAGGAUUAUCUGGGGGGCAUAAUCCAGCACCAUUGCUCCAGUGGAGAGGCCAACCAUGCUGUGCUUGUCACAGGCUUCGAUAAGACAGGAAACACUCCAUAUUGGAUGGUGCGGAACUCAUGGGGAGACUCCUGGGGAGUGGAUGGUUAUGCCCAUGUGAAAAUGGGUGGUAAUACUUGUGGCAUUGCAGAUUCUGUCUCUGCUGUAUUUGUGUGAUGUUUGGGGGCAAUCGAGAGACAACUACAGAGAAGAAAGUCUUCAUAAUGAGACAUGAAACAAAUUCCACUCUAAGCCACAUUGUACUUCAAAGUUCAGCAAUUACCAACACAAAGUUCUGCCUGCUACUAGUAUUUAAGUCGAGUGGCAGAAUUUCCUCUUCUUUUAGAAUGGGCUAAAGUCCAUCGGAGGAACUCCAUCAUGUUUUUGGGCCAUCAAGGUCUGCAGAACAGUGUGGUACUAUGUGCGUACCCUCCCAUCACCAGGCAUUUAAGACUCUUGAGCUUGAAGAAGCUGUGAUUUUUGUUUGCAUGUUGUCUUUCUGGCUGUUUUUCUUUGUUUUAAGGGGCUUCUCUGUCAGAAAGGAUCAAAGGUAGUCAGUAUUCAUUUGCUUUGUGGGUUGUAAUCACCAACCUUGACAUACUGCACCUACACGAAUGGGGUGAUGUGUCUCCACAAUUAUAUCAGCAGCCUUCUGAGAUGGAACAUUAUUGGAAUGAUUUGAAAUGUCAGCUGUUUACGUCAGCAAAUGGUGCUUACCCAAGCACAGCAGAAUGCACACAAAGAAACAGAAGAGCAAAACUUUUCUUCACAGAGAGAAGUGGACCGAAUUUGAGUGAUGCUUGACAGUCAUGUGAGAAGAAACCCUGUGAGGAGAAGGC